AUGAUGUCCUACAUAAAGCAGCCUCAUUACGCCGUGAACGGGUUAACUCUGUCCGGCCCGGGCAUGGACCUGCUACAUUCAGCCGUCGGCUAUCCGACGACUCCACGGAAACAGCGGCGGGAGAGGACCACCUUCACCCGCGCCCAGCUCGACAUCCUGGAGGCGCUGUUCGCCAAGACGCGCUACCCCGACAUCUUCAUGAGGGAGGAGGUGGCGCUCAAGAUCAACCUGCCCGAGUCCCGCGUGCAGGUGUGGUUCAAGAACCGCCGCGCCAAGUGCCGGCAGCAGCAACAGCAGAGCAGCGGGCAGUCCAAGCCCCGCCCACCCAAGAAGAAGGCCUCCCCCGCCCGGGAGCCGAGCUCCGAGCCUAACGGCAACACCAACGAGUCGUACAGCCCCGUGCCCCAGCACCCGGGCACCACCAUCACCCCCGGAGCCAACACGGGCAGCGCGUCUGUGUCCAUCUGGAGCCCCGCCUCCAUCUCCCCGCUGCCGGACCCCCUCUCUGCCUCCACCACGCCCUGCAUGCAGCGCUCCACCGCCUACCCCAUGUCCUACAGCCAGGCCCCCGGCUACAGCCAGAGCUAUGCCAGCUCCUCCUCCUACUUCACCGGCCUAGACUGCAGCUCCUACCUGUCCCCUAUGCACUCGCAGCUCUCUGCCACUGGGGGCGCCCUCAGCCCCAUCACCGGCUCCUCCAUGGGCGGGCCCCUCAGCCAGUCCCCGGCCUCUCUCUCCUCGCAGGGCUACACCGCCGCCUCGCUGGGCUUCGGUGCCGUCGACUGCCUGGACUACAAAGACCAGGCCACCUGGAAGCUCAACUUCAACGCGGUGGAUUGCCUGGACCACAAGGACCAGAACUCCUGGAAGUUCCAGGUUUUGUAG